CCCAGCCAGGCUCAGCGCACGUGGGGCACCCCCAGGUGCAGCCCCCCUGAGCCCGUCUCUCUGGGUCUCCCCCGCCAGGUCCAGAUGUCUGCGUGGCAGGAGGAGAAGCCCCCGCGCUGGUUCAGCCAGUUCCGGGAAGGCAGCAAGUUCUCGUACAUGGACGCGGACGGGCGCCCAGUGGGCGCGGUGCAGCUCACCUUCCUGCGGCUGCUCAGCGUGGCCGCCCGGCAGAACUUCACCUACCACUGCCAGCGCUCGGUGGCCUGGCGCAGCGCCGCCUCCGGGGGCCACCAGCGCGCCCUCCGCCUCCGGGGCGCCAACGAGGAGGACAUGAGCUACGACAACAGCCCCUACAUCACGGCCCUCACCGACGGCUGUGCGCUGCGGAAGGGCCCGGACAGGACGGUGCUGGAGGUGAACACGCCCCGCGUGGAGCAGCUCCCCUUGCUGGACGCGCACUUCACGGACUUUGGGGAGCCCAACCAGAAGUUUGGGUUUGAGGUGGGACCCGUCUGUUUCCUGGGCUAGGACCAAAUCCCCAUGAGCCCUGCCCUGAUCCCUGAGGGAACGUCCCAGCCUGGCCCAGGCCCCACCAUCCCCCGAGCAGCGAAGCUACGGGACCUACCAGCCACCUGAGGGACGGACACGCCACGACCACCCACAGCCACCGAGACUGACGCACCCGGCGCCGUCUCCCGCUGGGACCAAGGACUGGAGAGAGACAUCGAAGAGACAUCACCGCUUAGAGCCCACCUGUAUUUUAACGUGUAGAGAGAGGACAAUUACACCCAUGUGCUGGCUGGAUCCCUCGGAGCCCCACAAUCCUCCAGCCAGAGCUCCCAGAAUGCCCCAGCAACAUCCCUCAGAGCCUGUGGGCCAUAUUUCCCAGAAUGUCUCAGGGCACACCCUGCAUAGCUCCCAGAGCCCCUCAGCUCUAACCCCAGACUGGAACCAACCCGAAACGAUGGAACCGGUACCCCGAUUUCCCCUCUCACGGGGGAGCAAAGCCAUUAAUGUCUAAUGAACAUCAUGAGCAAACCAGAGUUAAUUAACGUCAGCAGGGCGGCUGGCUCCCCUGUGCCAGGCAGCAUUGUG